CGAGUCAAUCAUACAUCUACAGGAGUGGGGACUAUUCAACCAAUUUAAAUGUAGCCUUGUACUUUAGCUUCAAAAACAAACUUCCAUCCAACCCUUUACUUCUCUCUCUCUCUCUCUCUCUCUCUCUCAAAGUCUAUGCAAAGAUGGACAAGUUGCUGAUGAUGUGCAUGGCAACAGUCAUGGUGUUCAUCACUGUGAUGUUUUGUAAAAGUUGGAAGAAGAAGAGGAUGAGAGGGAGAAGAAGAAGCCAACUCCCUCGAGGAAGCCUCGGAUGGCCUUUUAUUGGGGAGACGCUGGAAUUCAUGUCAUGCGCAUACUCACCUUGCCCUGAGAGGUUCAUGGAAAAGCGUCGGAUCAUGCAUGGGAAAGUAUUCAAGUCGCACAUCUUUGGCAGCCCCACCAUUGUGUCGACAGAGGCUGAGGUCAACAGGUUUAUUCUACAGAGCGAUGCAAGUAUAUUUGUGCCAUCCUAUCCAAAAUCCCUUACUGAAUUGAUGGGAAAGUCCUCCAUUCUAUCGAUCAAUGGUAGCCUGCAAAGGAGAGUUCAUGGGCUCAUUGGUGCCUUCCUCAAAUCCUCAAGCCUUAAGGCUCAGAUCACCCUCGACAUGCAUAACUACUUGAAGGCAUCAAUGGCCUGCUGGAAGGAUGAUCGGCUAAUCUACAUCCAAGAUGAAACGAAACAUAUGGUGUUCGAAGUACUGGUGAAAGGGUUGAUAGGUCUUCAGCCAGGGGAUGAGAUGCAGUUUCUAAAGCAACAGUUCCGGGAAUUUAUUGCUGGUCUGAUUUCUUUACCUGUGAAGCUACCCGGGACUAGACUCUACAGAUCACUGCAGGCCAAGAAGAGAAUGGUAAUGCUUGUGCGAAAUAUCAUCCAAGAUAAGAGAAGGAGCAGAGGUUGCAACCCAAGAGAUGUCAUCGAUGUGUUGCUCCAUGAUUCUAGCAAUCAACUAACCGAUGAUCUUAUAUCAGACAAUAUUAUCGAUCUGAUGAUCCCUGGCGAGGAUUCUGUGCCCAUGCUCAUGACGCUUGCAAUAAAAUACCUCAGCGACUGCCCUCUUGCUCUCCAACAGUUGGAGGAAGAAAGCAUGCAACUAAAGAGACGAAAAUCUUUACUCGGGGAAGAUUUGUGCUGGACUGACUACAUGUCCUUAGCUUUCACGCAAAACGUUAUAAUGGAGACACUGCGAAUGGGAAACAUCAUCUUGGGCGUCAUGCGCAAGGCCAUGAAAGAUGUGGCGAUAAAUGGGUACUUCAUACCGAAGGGAUGGUGCGUCUUUGCCUACUUUAGAUCAGUUCACCUGGACGAGAACCACUAUGGUGACCCUUAUAGUUUCAACCCAUGGAGGUGGAAGGAUAAGGACAUAGCGGCUUGUAGCUUUACUCCCUUUGGAGGUGGACAGAGGCUUUGCCCCGGGCUUGAUCUGGCCAGGCUUAAGGCUUCCAUCUUCCUUCACCACAUGGUUACCAGUUUCACGUGGGUAGCUGAGGAGGACCACGUAGUCAACUUUCCGACAGUACGGAUGAAGAAUAAGAUGCCUGUCAGAGUAGCAAGGAAGAAAUCCUCCGCUGGCCAAGGUGAGAGAUCCGGUUGUACCACUGUGGGAGAAAGGAAGCAAAGGAUCCACAUCCAAUGCUUAGACAGUCAAAGGUUGUAGGUUUCUAUGCAUGUAAAGGUCGCCAUCCUAGGUAAAUAAGCAGGGAAAUAUGGGUACUGUGGGGGCCACAACCUAUACAAAUCAAAUCCCUGCGUGUGAAACACUUAAAACCUAUAGAUGCAUCCACAACCUUGACCAAGAAAGUAAUUGAGUAGUAGUCAAAUGGUCCUGGUCUUUGACCAAGAAAGGGAGUCAGAAUCUUUUAGACUUCAAGUCCUCAAAGGGUUGGGCUCUAGGAGGAUGCAGGCCCUAGAGGACAAAGGUUGGUAGGCCAACCCUAGGGCACUGCAUUCACUGCACACUGCAUGGCAGAUAGAAGUGAUAUGAAGUCUGUGAAAUAACUGAGCUUCUUCUUUUUCCACCUUUCUUCUUUUUAUUCUAUACAGAUGUCAUCAGUGUAAUCAGACUGUAAUAAGUGUGAUCAGUAAGAUGUGACUAUCUAGAUGUAACAACUGAAAUGCAAGGAGAAGAAAAUCCUCAGGAUUUUAUUUA